AUGUCGUCUUUCGACUUCGGCACUUGCGACUCGCGAGCAGACGUCAUGAACUUAGCCAGCAUGAAAGCGAUGGAGAUCACGCAGCAAAUCCGACAGUCGAUUGGCGCUUUGAAGACGCUCGAGGCGAUGAUCCAGUUCGAGCCAGGUUUUGUGGAGGGCAACUUCCACCAGAUUGCACCUGCGCUUCGACGGACGUACAAAGGCAUCGCAUGUCUCGCCCUUGCGAAGUAUGGCGUGAUUUCGACGGUGGAUCCUCCAGAUCCAAACUCCGCGCUGGUGGGCUUUCCACUGCUGCACCUACUCCAGCAGGAAGCGCGCGACAGCAUUCUCUCGGGCGAAGCAAAGGCGUCAACAGCGUGGGAUGCUGAUGCAUCUACGUUGGUGGUACUUCAUCCGAUUUUCGCGCCGUCUGCCGCCCGAGUGCUGCCAAGUGAUGAGUGGACGUAUAAUGGCCGGAACUACAGCCGCGACUGCUCGCUUGCAGCACCGAUGGACGAGCUUCAUCCCUGCGCCUUCCCGGGCGUCGUGCACCCCUCAGGUAACUUGGCACAUUUCUGGGGCUUUGCCAUGCUCUUGGCGAACUUCGAGGAUGUUGCAGACUUGGAGGGACUCAAGGAGCUGGAGCAUCGCGCUGGUGGAUGGGUUGCGGCGGGAUUCACUCACUUCGCCUGGCGUCUGAGUGAUGCGGAGAAUCCUGCGCGGAUGCUGGAGUGUACGCUCAUGACCCAGAUUUCGAUGGGAAGUGCGGCAGCAUAUGCUUUGGUUGGCGUCGACGCAGCAGUACCUGAGAUUGGGCUGAGAUGGCGAUUCGACCUGGUGCCCGCAGUGGGCUGGCAGGCAAGCAGCGACUGGUGGGUAACUGCCCUUGUGGCCAUCCCAGUGACGCUGAUCUUCGGGGUCGGAAUGGGCAUCAGCGUCAUCGCCAGUCUGCGGAAGCGCACGCUGGACAAGCUCAAUGUCCAGAAUUUUCGUUUCGAUGUUCUUUCCAAAGCAGUUUCCGCCUCAGUUGAAGCCUUGGAGAAGUUCCAGUUUCCCCUGUGCCUGGUCUCGGUGGAUGAUUUCCUGAAGUGUGGGGCGUACCCUUCGUACGAAGAACUCCGCAAUUUGGGCAAGCACGUCUGGUUGGACUCGUGCUGGGAUGCUAUGGGUGGUGACUAUGAAGACUCAGGUAUCCUUCUGCUCAGCUACGAGGGAAUGUCGGAGGGAACAGAUCACCAAGACAGCGAAAGCGCCUUUGACAAGGACGGUGACGUCUACAAGGCCAUGGUGACUAGCAUCAGGGGCUUGAAGAAGUACGGUCUGAAAUUCAACUGGGUCUGGUCUCAGUACAGCUGCAUGCCGCAGCAGAACAGCAUUCAGCACCAGUGCGCCACCAACUCGAUUGCUGGCUACUGCUCCUGCUUCACUGCAAUGCUCGUGGUGGAGUCCCGCAAAGGUGCCGAGCAGCACACAUUUUCCAGCUCCUUCGCCUCAUGGAGUCGGUUGGAACGACUUUGCUUUGUGACGUGUCAGUGCCUGGGCACUGAUAGCAUGAAGGUUUUCAGGUACACCGAGCAAGGCGUCCUGAAGAAGGAGCGUGUGGACAGAAGCGCUGUGGAGUUUGCGUGGGACAUCUUGCGAGGCUCUUUUCAGUGCUGUACGACGUACCACGCAGACGGCCGCCCUUGUGACAAGCAGCGUUUCGUAGGUGCCAUCCUGAGUACAUAUUGGCGGCUCUUAGCCGUCGAGCGGGCAGGCGGUGGCGACAUGGCGUCGCAGCUGGUCAAAGUCCUUCGGGACAGCAACGAACGAUACUUUCCUCCGACCUUCACGUAUUGGAGUGAGACGCACCCGCUCCAGCUGGAGUUGUUCGCGGGUUUGCUUCACGUUGCGCACCAGAUGUUCGCGGAAGAUUCGGCCAAAGUUGAUGCCGAGAGAAUGAUUGCACCUGGGACUGGGCUACGGCCGUAG